GGGGCACACUCACACGAAUCAGAACACGGUCCCGACUCGUGCCCAGAGGACGGACGCUGCCAGAGUUGGACGGAAUGAGGGGGCCCCCCCCACCACCGUCGUCUUUGCCCGUCUGGAGCCGCAGGGGGCAGUCCGCCGGUCCAAACGCAGCCCGGGAGCGACCCGCCGCCCGCCUCCGCGUCCUGUUGUGACUCUCCCCUCGCGCGCACGCACGCCGGAACGCUCUCGCAGGCACGCGUUCAGAGAACUUUCCCGCGCGCACGCACUCCUACAUCCCCCUCCCAUUAUCUGGCAGUUCUGCUCACAUUGUUGAGCCGUGUGGGGCUGUUUUUUUUUUUUCUUGCUCCUCCUCAGCAGCAGCGGCAGCGGCAGCAACAGCAGGACGGGUCCAGAGCAGAGCAGUCGCUGCCGGAGAUCACAGCUUCUGCACCUGAAGGUUGACGACCAUGGAGAACACCCUCACCUGCAGCCACGCCACCUUCUCCCAGGUGUUCGGACGCCAGGGGCAGCUCAUGCAAGCCACCGUCCAGUCCCUCAACAGCCUGAACGACCAGAUUGCUCAGUUCAUGGUGACCCGACCUUGCAACCUGCCUGACGAGGAUGAAGCCUUCAUGCCGGGGGAGAGGGACACUCUGAGGAAGUCCAUGACGCUGAUGAGGCAUCUGCUCAUGGACGCUCAGGGGAAAAUCCUUAAAAUGAUGGACGACAACAAGCAGCUGGCACAGAGGAUCGAUGGGGCCAUCCAGUCUGCCAGCCAGGAAGUGACCAACCUCCGCUCCGAGCUCUCCGCCACCAGCCGCCGGCUGGCAGAGCUGGGUGCCAGCAGCCCCCCCGCCCUGGAGAACCACCUCCAGCACAAUCACCACGGCGGCAGCCUCCACUACCGGGAUCCGCCGGCGCGUCACAGGCAGAAGGCGGCGGUGACGGCCAUGUGCUACCCACCGGAAAUAUCCAGCCUGAUGGACAUCGGCACGCCGGACUGCGCGCUCGGCAAAGUGUUGCUGCAGGAGGAAGUAGCCCAGCUUCAGGAGGAGGUCCACCUGCUGCGGCAGAUGAAGGACAUGUUGAGUAAAGACCUGGAGGAGACGCAGGGAGGCUGCUCGGCCGACCUGCUGUCGGCCGCCGAGCUCCGCGUGCAGCUGAGCGACAGGGAGCAGGAGCUGGAGCGGGCCAAGGAGGCCUUACAAGCUAUGAAAGCUGACCGUAAGCGACUAAAGGUGGAGAAGGCAGAUUUGGUGAGCCAGAUGCAGCAGCUGUACACGACACUGGAGAGCAGAGAGGAGCAGCUGCGGGAGUUCAUACGCAACUAUGACCAGCACAGAAAGGAGAGCGAGGACGCGGUGAAGACGCUGGCGAAGGAGAAGGACAUGCUGGAGAGGGAGAAGUGGGACCUGAGGAGGCAGAGCAAGGAGGCCACGGAGCAGGCCAACAUCCUGCGCUCGCAGCUGGACAUGAAGGAGAACAGGAUCAAAGAACUGGAGGCUGAGCUCACCAUGGCCAAGCAGUCUCUGGCCACGCUGACGAAGGACGUCCCCAAGCGCCACUCGCUGGCGAUGCCCACGGAGCCCGUGGUGAACGGCAGCCAGGAGUGGGUGCUGCACGCGGACCUGCCGCUCACGGCCGCCAUCCGGCAGAGCCAGCAGACCCUGCACCACGGCCACGCGGCCGACAGACAAGCUGUGGUCAGGAUCAGCCCCUGCCACUCUCGGCAGCCCUCCGUCAUCUCCGAUGCGUCGGCGGCGGAUGGCGACCGCUCGUCCACCCCCAGCGACAUCAACUCCCCCCGUCACCGGACCCACUCCCUCUGCAAUUCCAUGGAGGACCUGGAAGACCAGAAGCGUAAGAAGAAGAAGGAGAAGAUGACUCUAGGUUCCCUGUCACGGGUGUUCGCUCGGGGCAAACAGCGCAAGUCACUGGACCCGGGCCUGUUUGAUGGUACAACCACCCCUGAUUAUUACAUAGAGGAGGAUGCCGACUGGUGAUGCUGUGUGUGUCUGUGUGUGUGUGUGUGUGUGUGUGUGUGUGUGUGUGUGUGUGUGUGUGUGUGUGUGUGUGUGUGUGUGUGUGUGUGUGUGUGUGUGUGUGUGUGUGUGUGUGUCCACCUGGCUUUGGUCGUGUGCAGAACGUGGUCUGGUUUGUCUGUUGAGGAUGAGAGUGUAGGGUUGGGGUUAUAUUUUGAAAGAAAAGCCCUUAAAGAGACUGCUAUUCCAUAAAUGUACAGUAUAUUACUCACAAAUUGUAUGUUUGUAAAUUAGAUAUAUAUUUAUAGAUGUACAUGUAUGCAUAUGUAUAUAUGUUUACAUGCAUAUAAAUAUAUACAGUACAUUGGGUUAUUCUUAUGUCUAGACAUGUUUAUGAUGUAUUAUCAUCCAAAUGUCUUAAUGUUCUAUGUUUUUCUAUAACUGGAGACUUGAAGGACUGCUGUUCAUAUGUAAAUAGGAGUUAUUGUGAAGCUAGUGUUUUUACUGUAAAUGUCAUUUGGCUUUUGUUACUUUGCAGUUGCUUUAUCACGCUUUGCAACAUGCCUGUCCAAGUUUCUCAAUUCAAAUCUUCCACGGCUCAUUUUUUAUUACAGGAGAGGAAAUAUUAGUUGUUUGGCAUAAAAGAAAAUCAUCUUUAGUUGUUCGAUUGGCUCAAUUCUGUCAUUAUAGUCAGAUCGAUUACCGACCUGCUGAUACAUAAGCUCGUUAUAAGGUUCCUUCACUUGAAUUCAGUGUUGCACUGGCUUGAAUACACAAGCAGACAGUGAACACUAGCGGCUAUUCAGGAGCACGUCUCAUCUGCUGUCAAAGCCAAAGGUCAAACACUCAUCUCUGGCAGAUCUGCGCGUCAUUCUGUCACUGUUAGCAGUAGCCGCAUAACAUUGUUUACGUCUGACUCAUUCCUGACUGAGAGCUGUCUAACAUGUGCCAAUACGAGACCGAGGAAUGUGCAUUGAACACCUGCAUGAUCCCUGUGUGUCGCUUUGACGAGAUGUCCAUUCAUUUCCAGUCCAGAGUUGAUAAUUUCCAUUCCUCGCUCCCUGCACCAUCAAUGCACGACCCUUUGUUAACUCUGUUUCGGGUUCGUGUACAACCCCUCCUCCUUUCUUGCAGAUGUGGCUUCAAUAAUUCUCUGUUAAAUGCUUUGUAAUUUUAGAAGAUGUUGCGUAAAAGAUUCAAUCUAUUGAAGUAUUUUAUUUAAAACACACAGACAAACAGGUCAUGUGAGUUAUUCAUCCGCUGCAGCUGUUGCAGCCGGACGUCUCGGAGGUUUUAGCAUUUUCAAAAAUGAACAAAGUCUUAUUUUAAAAAUAAAACUAGUAACUGAA